UAUCACUACCAAGGCCACAUCAUCCUUAGCGGAUAUUUACUUUCACUUCUCUUCCUUAAAGCUGACUUUAACGUCCAGACGCAGCGCAGAAGAGUUUCCUGUUUUUAGGAAGACCGAGAUCUGAACUGCACCAUCAUCACAAUCCUGGGACAAUGACUCAGUAGAUCAGGAAAGGGGGGCUUCAAGGCGGCAGUGGUCUCAUCUGCUCUCCUCCACAAGGGCAGCAGUCUCUCCUCCUCUCCAGUCUCUUCUCGGCGCAGUGUUUCUUGAAAAGGCUGAACUGUUCGCUCCGUGAGCAGGAUCGUGUCCCUGCUCGGCUCAGCUGAGUGACAUGGCACUGAGACACUGAGCUGUCCGUCAGCAGCAUCCUGCACCAUGGACGCUCUCCGGCGGCCACGGAGCCCCACGCUGCCCGUGUGGAUGUUACUGAGCUCGGUGACGGGGCUGAAGGCGGAGGACGACGCUAUGGAAGAACUUGCCACCGAGAAGGAGGCGGAGGAAAGUCACCGACAGGACAGCGUUAAUUUGCUGACAUUCAUUCUGCUGCUGACCUUAACCAUCCUCACUAUAUGGCUCUUCAAACACAGACGGGUCCGUUUCCUUCACGAAACCGGCCUGGCGAUGAUUUACGGUCUGCUGGUCGGUGUGAUUCUGCGGUAUGGCAUUCCCGCCACCAGCUAUCACAACAAGACGCCCCCGAGCUGCUCGCUAAAGGAGGGACCUGUCAGCACCCUGCUGCUCAACGUCAGCGGAAAGUUCUUUGAGUACACGCUCAAAGGGGAGAUCAACUCCAGAGAGAUCCACAAUGUGGAGCAGAACGACAUGCUGCGCAAGGUGACGUUUGAUCCUGAAGUCUUCUUCAACAUCUUGCUGCCUCCGAUUAUUUUCCACGCUGGAUACAGUCUCAAGAAGAGACAUUUCUUCAGGAAUCUGGGCUCCAUCAUCACAUACGCUUUUCUUGGCACAGCCAUCUCUUGUUUUGUCAUCGGGAACCUAAUGUACGGUGUGGUCAAACUGAUGCAAGCGGUCGGUCAGCUGACGGAUAAGUUUUACUACACAGACUGCCUCUUCUUUGGAGCUAUAAUCUCUGCCACAGACCCGGUGACUGUUUUGGCUAUCUUUAAUGAGCUCCAUGCAGACGGGGAUUUAUAUGCUCUGCUGUUUGGAGAAAGUGUGAUGAACGAUGCAGUUGCCAUCGUACUCUCUUCGUCUAUCGUGGCGUAUCAGCCCAGUGGAGCUAACACGCACAUGUUUGAUGCCUCAGCCUUUUUUAAGUCAGUGGGGGUGUUUCUGGGUAUUUUCAGUGGCUCCUUUGUGAUGGGAGCAGCCACAGGAGUCGUCACCGCUCUCGUCACCAAGUUCACCAAGCUGCACUGCUUCCCGCUGCUGGAGACGGCACUCUUCUUCCUCAUGUCUUGGAGCACCUUCCUGCUGGCAGAGGCGUGUGGGUUCACAGGUGUUGUCGCUGUGCUGUUCUGUGGCAUCACUCAGGCUCACUACACGUACAACAACCUCUCGGAAGAGUCCACCAAACGCACCAAACAGCUCUUUGAGGUCCUUCACUUCCUGGCAGAGAAUUUCAUCUUCUCCUACAUGGGUCUGGCUCUGUUCACCUUCCAGAAUCACAUUUUCAGCCCUAUUUUCAUCAUAGGGGCUUUUAUUGCAAUAUUCAUCGGAAGAGCUUUUCAUAUCUACCCACUGUCCUUCCUCCUCAAUCUCGGCCGACGGCACAAGAUCAAGGGAAACUUCCAGCACAUGAUGAUGUUUGCAGGUCUGCGUGGAGCGAUGGCGUUUGCCUUAGCUAUCCGGGACACAGCCACCUAUGCACGCCAGAUGAUGUUCACCACCACGCUGCUCAUCGUCUUCUUCACUGUCUGGGUGUUUGGCGGGGGGACGACACCCAUGCUCUCCUGGCUGCACAUCAGGGUUGGUGUGGAUCAAGACCAGGACCAGCAGCCAUGUGGAGACAAUUUCCAAGUCCUACAGGGGGAUGGCGCCCAGGCUGAAGGACAAAGUAAAACCAAACAGGAGAGUGCGUGGCUCUUCAGACUGUGGUACACCUUCGAUCACAAUUACCUAAAGCCUAUUCUGACACACAGCGGCCCUCCCCUCACGUCCACUCUGCCUGCAUACUGUGGGCCGCUGGCGAGCUGUCUGACCAGCCCGCAGGCGUACGAGAACCACGAGCAGCUGAGAGACCAUGACUCUGACCUCCGCAACGACAGCGACCUGACCUUCACGUUCGGUGAUACUGCCAUCACAGCAAAUGGGGCGUCCGGAGGCAGCGGGGAUGCGGCUGGAGGGACUGGCUGGAGCGCCAACGGGAAGAGGAGCGGCAGCACAUCAGAAGAGGCGCUUGAGCGUGAGCUGGACUCCCGCGAGCAGGAGCUGCUGAGUCGAGGAACACGGCUGGUUUUCCCCAUGGAGGAUCACGUCUGACGCUCCCCUUCUUUUCACCUUCUCACCAACCUUUCUGCCCUUACCCCCAGCCCGCCUCGUCCAUCAGCUGUCUCUCUACGUACUGCAGGGAGAGCGUCUGGUCCCUCAGAGAAUGCUGAAAGGAGACAAGACGGGAGGUCCUUGGAGGCUCUUGGAGGAGAGCUCAAGGCGCAUUUCAUCUUCAUCACAGAUCUGCAGUUUGGAGACGUGUCCUCUGGUGCACUAGGAGAUAAAAUCAAAACAUUAUUAUACUGUGAUUCAGUUUCUUCUGAACAAACAGAGGAAAAAUUUGAGCAGAAAAUGGAGACAAAAGGUCCUCAUAAGAUAAAAUCAGCACGCUUGAGCAUUUACAUGUUCAGCCAGAGUGAGAAAGAAGUUGAAACACUUCCUGGAGGCCCUCGCCAUCUUCAUCUGACCCAUUUGUCCUCAGAGAACCCAUCAGGAUAAGAAAAGCCUUUGAAAUCAAACCACAUUUAAAAGGUGAAAUGAGGCAGAACAUAAACCAAGCUUUAAUAGAUCAAAUUAGAGUCCUGUGGUCAAAGUAUCAUUCAUGUGUUUGUGCGGAUGCCCUUUGUGUGAGGGGAGCGACCCUUUCAGCCUCCGCAGCCCGUCAUGGGUGAAGUAACCAGGCUGAAGAAUGCAAGCAUGUAAAUAGCUACAACACUGAGCUUUGUUCCUCUUUCUUGAGGCUGCUUCUCUUUCAGCAUUACACCCCCAGACUGUAACAAACAGCAUUGUAUCGUGUCUUGAAGCUGGUUCAGAUAUUCCUCCUUCUUCUCGGCUGCUUUUCAAAAAAAUACCACCAUCUGGAGCAAAGCGAUUUGCUGAUUAUGAUGUUGUGUCCUAUGGAAUAAUGCUCACUUCCCUAAUCUUUGAAAAUGGACACAAAAAAGGGAACUAAAACGACAAAUUUCCACAAUUACAACGCAGUUUAACUCUAGAAAAUAAAGGGCAGGUCUUCGUAGGUUCUUGCAAAAACACAUUUUGGCUACUAACUGAGAUGCCUACGUUUUUGUUUGGCUAUAUCUAAUGGUUUAUAUGCAGAGAAUUUUCUUGAUUAACAUCGGCUUUAAAAAUACAGAAAAAUGUGGCAAAUGUCCAUCCCAGAAUGUUGGGAUGCCUGAGAUUUUGUUUUACAGGCAAUAAUAUUUUAAAAAGUCAGAAAAAAGGAUGUUUUAACAAAGAAGAGCAGUGUUGCCUCACGCAGGAGAAGCUGGAACAAGAGAAAUCUGACAUUUUGGCUCCAAAAUCCACUCAUUUUGAUCAAAUGCAUAAAUUUAGUCCAUGUAGGAAAGCAUGAAACAGCUGCAGAAUAGUUCUCCAACUUUUCCUUUCCAAGUGCAACUUGAAUAAAGAAAAAUUAAAAGCCAAGGAGAGAAGCACAUUGCAUUCACAUGAGAAACAUGUUUUUCUUCUCUCUAAAUGGCUGCAGAAGUUCAUUUGAGGAUGCAAGCAUGGCCGACUGUUUAGUUUAAUCCAGUAUUAUUUCUGUCUGGGUGUGAAAUAUUUGGAAAUACUCAUGAAAAAGGCCACUGGAUCUGAGCCUGAUUAGUAGCAGCAACUGCAUGAAGGUGAGAGCUUCAGUGUCAGCUUGGAUUUUUGGUGUACCGGAUGAUAUCCAUAAAAAAUCAGCUUUGAAAAAAACAGAGCAGAAAUAUAUUUUUCACAAAAACUUGAGAAAGUGUCAGCAAAAUUAUAUUUCUUCCUGUGAAUGCAAUACACUUCAGUAGAGAUUUAUGAUAUGCAAAAGAUUUUGUAAUAUAUUGCUUGCCUAAAACCUCACCAAGCAGUGCUAAUCCUUAACAUUAACGCCUUUUUAAAAUGUUUUCUUUUUGGUCUUUUUGCCUUUAAUUUGAUAGGACAGCUGAAGAGAGAGAGGAAACAUGGGGAUAGAGAGUAGGGGAAGACAUGCACCAAACAGAGCUGGGAUCAAGGUUAAAUUUUACAACCUGUUUGUGGAGGACUGAAGCCUCUGAAUAUGGGGACCAGCUCUAACUGAGCUAAACCUACAUCCAACACAGCGUUUAUUCCCCUUAAACCAUGUUAUAGAUGUCACCAUGCUGUCUUUACAGCAGGGAUGUCCAAACUAUGGACAUUGUCCACAUUUUUAAUGGCCCACCGCAAAUUGAUAAAGUAAUUGCCCAUUAUUACAGGCAAGUAAAAGCUAGAUAUUGGUAUUGAUAUUAAAGAUAUGAACAUUUCUCCUGAUAUACUGUAUACCAGUGGUUCUCAGCUGGUCUAGACUCAGGACCCACCUGUUUCUUUAAUGACAAACUGUGGCCCAAAUUUAAAAGAAAAAAAAAAUCAACUUUAGUUUAAGGACUAAUGUUGCAGUUUAGAUUUUGGAUUGAACAAAAUAUAUGACUGAAAAAAGAGACCAGACAUAAAUAACAUGUUUGGCACCCCAUUUUCCAGCCAAAGAAUCUUGAUUAUUUUUAACGCCCUGACAUCUCAAGACAAAAGAAUUACAGCAUUAACAUUAACACAAGUCUCACCGGUUUCUGUUUCAUCAUAGCCAAGGCACCCCUGAAAUCUGAUUGGCCAACCAAAAGCUAGUACUGACUGGGAAGCUGUCAUAUCUCUAAGCAUAUUUAAUUACUAAGCAUAUUUUAAUCUACAUUGUAUUAGUUUUACUAACUUUAAUUCUCUAAAGGUGAUGUAUAUCAAAGUGACCCAUCAAAGUGGCGUUUCUUUUAUUUGGCAUUUAAUCAAAAAAGUUUGGACAGCCCUGUUCUAGAGUCCUCCAAAUCUAUCAUAUAUCUUUUGAGAGAUCUGAUUUAAGUAAUAAUAGCUGAACUUUCGACCCUUAAAUGUCUCUUCAUUUCUCAGGCCAUUUUGCCUUUUUUAAUGUCUUAAAAGAACAAAAUAAAAUGAAAAAUUCAAACCACCUCUACAUCAGGAGCCAGCUCUGAGAACCAACUCGUGCAUGAAUGACACAUCAUGACUCUCAUAGCUUGUUGAAUUAUUUCAAAUUGUAAGGACAUUGUGAGGCUUACUUGCAAAUCGUACUUCUUUGUUUCCUUUAAAAGUAUGCAAAUAGGAUGGGACAAAAUGGGGUGGAAAAGCUGCUAAAGAGGCCCUUUAGCUUGUGGCUGAUGCAUUCUCAGUGCUAGCUGCCUCCCUGCACAGAGCAUGCAGGAAUACUAAGCCAUGGAAAUGAAGUAUGGACUUCAGACGUCCUCAGACUUGGUCCAAUCCUUUCUUAUGUCUAUGGUUUGCGUGCUCACUCUGAACAUUUCUGAUAUUUUUGUUUAAUCUAAAAAAAUCCCAACAGACUCAUUCCCAAAAUGUCAAACUCCUGCUUUUAACUGACUGUACAGCAGGGACAUUUCAUCUGGCAGUAUCUGCAGCACAUUAAUAAUGAUAAUAUACUGCAGAGACUUCCCUGAGGUUUGAUUACAAGAAGCCUGAACAUCCGUUUCCCUGAAAGAUGCAGCAUACUGAUAAUAAAGAGAACACAUGUUGUUCUCUUCUGCCUCCUUUUACAAUAAAAAAAUAGGAACUAUGUAGAGCCUUUUUUCCAGAGACAAUGCCUCAUUAUGCAAUGGAUUUUCAUUUUUACAGCAGGUAUGACACUGCAUAAUCAUUUCUCUUGAGGCCCCUGCAGCAGAGAUUAUUUUUAAAUGGUUUGGAAAUCAUCGCCAGCAUGCAAAUCCUCCAUACAAGACAGCAGCUUCUAAAUGUCAGUGUUAGUUCAUGUUCAACACUUCCCAAUCCCCGUGGGUUUGUUUCACACCUAUGGAUAUGAAACCCUUUAUGCAACAUCAGUUAUGAAAUUCUGUCUUUGAACCUAUGGGAGUUCCUCCUACACAGCAUGAUUAUGAGAAAAUUUGAUCCUUUGAUGCUGUUUUUUCAGUCUUUCAAAAUAAUGUAAAUAGAAGCAUUAUACCGUGAAGAUUUAUGCAGGUUUACAGAGCUGUUUCUGGGCCUCGUAGGCUUGCAAAGCAGCCAGUGAACCAACUCUCUCUGGGAGUAUGAGGAGGUUUUUUCAGUUUUUGUUCCAGGGCAUUACCGCAUUUUGUUCCCUUUCCCACGUCUAGACAUCUGAACCUCUCCCUGCUUGAAAUUCACCACACAACACGUGUCGCCUUUUGUUUUCUCCUUCCUCUGCCGGUUGCAUUUAUGCACGAGUACAGAGGGGCAGGUGUGAAAGGCUCGAUUGUGCAGGUUGAGUCUGAGGCAGAAACCCCGCACAAGUUUUAUGUCUCUCAAGGGAUCUUGGAGAGGAAAUGAGUGUCGUUAUGUAAGCUGUUGCUGAGCUGUUUGCACUGUGGGUCAUUUUAAUUCUAGCCUGAGAGACAAGUAUUGCAAGGCUGUGCUUUCCAACAACUACUAUUCUUGAUAGUGAAACCUCGUCUGUUUCUAGGGCAUUAAAUAAUCACUUGUUCGCCAUUUGUCUGAACUGUUAGACUUGGACUUCUGCUCACACAGGAAUGGUUACACAGCCUUUUAAUUUGCAGCAGAUAGAAUAUUCUCUGUUGACUGUGCAAAACAAGACAAAACUGUGAGAAUUCACCCAUAAUUUCCGCUACAUUGACUAACAUCACUGAAGGAAAAGACAUCAACAUGUCAGAGAGACUUUUAAGAUGCAGGAGCACUUUAUGGACAGCAGCAUCGUGGAUGAUGGGCAGAGUAAUGGCACUUUACCUCAAGCAGAGGACACUCUUAUAACCGUCAUGUGCACUCUUAUCCAGACUGUUGUGCUGUCAGUUGUCUUGCUGGCUAUAUUUAAAGCUCUCUGUACCUGAGAAAUAUGAGAUGUAGCUCAAUUGUCAAAAUGUGCACCUGUUGUUUACUAGUAGCAACUGGCUGCCUUGUUCUACCUGCCAUGGAUUGCAUGUCAACAUGUUAAUAAAAAUUUGUCGAAUUA